AUGACGGGCCCUGUAGCUGCUGCUCGGCCUCUGUUGCGACCUGGGUCUACCUUUCUCCUCAAGCAGCUCAGUGGCCCAUCGGCACCGCUAUCACGAUCGAUAUCCGCGACCUCCUCCGUCCUCGGCCUGACCAGCAGCAGCAGCAGCAGCUCCCGAGGGCAGCUGCUGUCCCUGCGGACGGGAUGCAGACUGCAGAGCCGACUCCGUUUCUACUCUACCAACCAGCCACCACCACCCUCAGACCAAAAUGCGAGCUCUAAGGAGGCCAAGGAGCCGUCCGAACCCGCCCAGACCUCCUCCUCGCCCACCUCGUCGCCAGAAAGCCCCUCCUCCCCCGCCACACACACAUCCCCCUCGAGGCCGAGCCCCGAGCUCCCCUCGCAGACCGACUCGCGCCGCUCCGCCGCCUCCCAGAACUUCUCCCACUUCAUGGACAACCUGCAGUCGCGCGUGCUGGUGGCCUCGCAGACGCUCAGCGACCUGACGGGCUACUCGGCCAUCGAGGCGAUCAAGGCCACCAACGCGGCCCUCGAGGCGGACCUGGCGCGGGCGCAGGCGGACCUGAAGCGGGCGCGGCAGCACUACAAGGCGGUGAACGCGCGGCGGGCCUCGACGCAGCGCGAGGUGACGACCCUGCUCGCGCGCAAGGACACCUGGGCGCCGCCCGACCUGGAGCGCUUCACGACCAUGUACCGGCAGGACCACGAGCUCGAGGCGGCGGUGAGCGAGGCGAGCUCGGCGCUGACCGAGGCCGAGGCCGACGAGGCCCGCCUCAGCCAGGCCCUCAACAGCGGCAUCCUGCGCCGCUACCACGAGGAGCAGAUCUGGAGCGACCGCAUCCGCCGCCAGUCCACCUGGGGCACCUGGGGGCUCAUGGGCGUCAACAUCCUGCUGUUCCUCGUCCUGCAGUUCGUCGCCGAGCCCUGGAAGCGCAACCGGCUCAUGAAGGGCAUCGCCGCAGAGGAGAAGGCCGCCCUCGACGCCGUCCGCAGGGAGCUCGAGGAGGUCAGGGGCGCCAUGACAAGGAGGGAGGAUAACGAGGCAGCAGCAGCCGCCACCGCCACCGCUGCUGCCGCCGCCGCCGCAAAUGCCGCGGUCGUUGAGGACGUCGGCGUCGAGGCGGCGCCCGUGGCGUCCCUGCCGGACGCGAAGAAGGCCCCAGAGGUGCCGAGCCCGCCGGCCCUGUCGUGGAGGGAGUUCCUGUCGGACCCCGGCCUGUGGCGGCCCGCGCUGGAGGACCUGUACAGCGAGAGGACGAUAGACCUGCGCAUGAGGGACGUGUCGCUCAUUGCCCUGGAGGGUGCCGUGACGGGUGCGGUCGCCGUGGCCGGCGUCGCCGCGCUGCUGGCUCGCCAGCGCUGA